UAUAAUAAGUUAAUAAUUUUAUUGUUUAAGAAUAAACUCAAAAUACAAAGAGGGAGAGGUGGUACCGUAGUGGAGUACCACCCCGAAUUAUAGGGCAUUGCACCGGGUCCAAAUCCUCAUCCCAACAAUAUGUUGGUGCAUUUAAUUUUGGCUGUUUAGCCUUGUACUCAGCCUCUCAGCUGGUGCCCUACAGACUAAUAGCCCAACAAUGGUUGGUCUUCGAACCAAUUAUCUUUCCUAAUAAAAUAAAAAAACUCAAAAUACAAAAAUAUUCAAAAAAAAAAAUAUAUAUAAAGAAGACGAGUAAACUAAAGAUAUUAAUAUGUCAAGCUUGUUCGAUCACAACUCGAUAACGGUUCAACCACAACUCUAUAACGGUUUGUCGAAUUUCGAACUCGGCUUGAAUUCAUAUAAACCUAAAAUGAACACGAAUCGAGCUAACCAGAAUUUGAACUCGGCUCGACCAAUAAGCACCCCUUAUUACAACGUGAACCACCCCAUUCCCCUUCCCCUUCUCCAAAAAGAAAAUCAAUGAACCAACAUGGAUGAUUAUUUGAUAACAAAUUUUAACACCAAUACAACAAGAACAUUGGCCCAAGUUUACAUUCCUUCAAACACCCAACUUCACAUCCACCACACAAAAAAAACCCUAACAACGACCAUGUAAAUGGGCCAAAGUUCAAAGUCAAACCCACAACCUUAUUCCCCGCCAAACAAAUUCCCGCCAUUUUAUUCCCACGCAUUAUAAAUUAAUCUCCAUUAACACCAUUUUUUGCCGCCAUUAAUUUCUCUCUCAUCAGUCAUCACACUUUCUCUCUCUAGAAAACUGCACCUUGAGGAAGCCAUGGAAGUACAACUUACAAAAUCCAGAAAACGAAAGCAACCUACUACAACUACAUCAUCAUCAACUUCAACAAAUUCAACCCCAUUUUCUGGGAUUUUAACUCGUCAUAAAUCCCAGAAGUUUUUCUUCCACCAUAAUAGAUCUGGAAAAUCUCGCAAAAGUCGCUCGUUUCCGUCGUCGCUUACAAACCCUAGUUUACCCACAUUUCAAAGAUUGUCUGAUUGUAAUAAUCAUCGUAAUGGUGAUUCUGUUGUUAUUGAUGAAGAUGAUGAGAUUUACAAUGUUUCAAUUAAGGAUCUUCGAGCUCGCCGCGUUUUCUCAAUGCCUUCUGAAUUGGAUGAUAAAGUUGGUAAGAAUGUAAACCCUAAUUUUGAUUCUGAGUUGAUUGUUAGCGAAUUGGAUGAGGUUGAUUGUAAAUCUGAUGGAAAUGGCGUAAUUGGUGAAAACCCUAGUUUGUUGGGGAUUGAAGUUAAGGGGGAGGGUUUUAAUGGUGGAAACCCUAAUUUAUCAGUGUUGGAGGAAUGCGUUGAUUCUAGGGUUGAUUUGAAUGGUGUGUGUUUGAAUGGUGGAAACCCUAAUUUGUCAAUGUUGGAUAAAUGUGUUGAUUCUAGGGUUGAUUUGAUAGGUGAAAACCCUAAUUUGUCAUUGUUGGAUAAUUGUAUUGAUUCUAGAGUUGAUAUAAAGGAUGUGUGUUUGAAUGCUGGAAACCCUAAUUUGUCAGUGAUGGAGAAAUAUGUUGAUUCUAGGGUUGAUUUGAAGGGUGUGUGUUUGAAUGGUGAAAACCCGGAUUUGUUAAUUGAAGGUUUUGAUGCUAAGGAUGAUUGCGGAGGCCAGGUUACUAAUGAUAUGAGCCCUAAUUUGAGUAGUAAAGAUGUGAAGGGUGGUAAUGGUGAAGAUUGUGAGGAAAAUGUGCAGACAACACCUCCAAAGGCAGUAGUUUUGGUAAGGCAGAGUGAUGAGCAGAGUGUCCUUCACAAUACAAAUGCUGAUUCGUGGUCGCCGCCGAAGAAAAUUAGUCCUAGUAAAGGUGGAAGUGCUGAGGGAAAGAAGAAUUUUUCUAAUUCUAAGAGAAAUUUGGGUUUAAAUCCGUGCUCGAGGUUGAAGGUAUUCAAGGCCCCGAAUUCGUUCAGCUAUAGGAGAAUGCUCCCUUUCCUGAUGGACUUAGCAAAGGAUACACCAAGUGCACCAAAAAUCAAUUCAAUCAUUAAAAUUGAGACUGAUGUUGAAGAAAAGCCUCUAGUUUUUUCCUCUAAGGAAACUGUCAUUGACAUCCCUAAGUUGGAUGAAAAUCCCCCUGCAACUGAAGUUUCUUGCAAACCACUUGGAGUGAGCACUUUUAGUGAAGAAGAGGAAAAGCUUACAGUAGACUGUGCUGCGACUAAUGAUUCUAGUCCUGAGCAAGCUGCUCCAUGUACCCCAAUUCAUUGUCAUCCAGAAAAAACCCAAGAACACUCGGUCUCUGAUGAAACCCAAAUUGGAACCCUUGUAUCAGAUGAUGUUAUUACUAAGAAUGGAGGAGCAUCACCUGAUACUCAGGCUUCAUUAGAUAAUACAGGGAAGUCGGGAGAUAUUAGCCCAAUUGUUGAAUCUGAUCUUGCAGCCAUUUUGCACAGCCCCAAGAAAAGUCCUGAACCUUCAAGGGAAGAUGCCAAUUUAUGUACUCCAUCUCAAUUGCCUGUAUUUGUUGAAAGAGAAUGCAGCCCAGAAAAAAAAGAACUCAAAUGUGAACCUGGUUUUGCUUUAGGCAAAGGCAUCCUAAUGAAAAAUCCUCGUGGAUGUCGGGGGAUUUGCAACUGCUUGAGCUGCGCUUCAUUUCGGCUCAAUGCAGAAAAGGCAUUUGAGUUUUCUAGGAAUCAGUUGUUGGAUGCUGAAGAACUUGCCAUGGACUUGAUGAAGGAGCUGUCAAGCCUGCGCUGUACGUUGGAAAAAUCUGUUAGUGAAGCGAAUGAUAAAGCUAUUGUCCCUGUUGAUCAGGUGCAGGAAGUUUGCAGAAGAGCUUCAGAUGCAGAGGAAAUUGCAAGAAAUCGCUUGAGUCAAAUGCAGGAAGAUCUCCAAGUUCAUUGUAGAAUAAAGCUUUUGCAGCGACCCCGAGUGACUUUCUCAAGUCCUGUCCAAAAGAAGAUCAUGGGAGGAACUAGCCGGUCAAGAAAACGUUAGUGUCUUGUCUAGGAUGCAACGUCGAUGUUAAUUUAGAUAAUUUUACAGGUAGUUUGAUUGUCUGCAAGAACUUCUGUGUUCCCUUGAGUAGAGAAUGUUCUUGACUCCAAAAGUGAGAAUCAUACUAAAGCUAUAUGUAUCGACUCACUUUUAGAAAAUUUAUUUAUUGUGAAGACAUGAUGAUAUAUUAUAACUAAAAGCUGGACAUAUUUGUUGGUUA